GACGCUCGGGUAAUCGACACAGUGUCGGUUUUGAACCAGAGAGAAAACGAGGGAGAGAGGAUCAGAGGACUCGUCUUCUUUAUAAUCGAUCCUUUCUCGGCUCGGUGCUCUCGCUUCUCGUCUGCGAAUGUGCUCUCUUCCUCCUCCGGAUCAAUCUCUUUCUCGCCUGACCUCAGUCUAAGAUCCAUUUUUUUUAGUCUUCCAAUCGCAUCUCGUCGGCUCCGACCAUGGCAGAGCGAAGCGGCGACGCUUCGCCGCUCCGAUCUCGUUCCUCCGGUCUCCCGGACUUCAAACAAUCCGUAAAACUCAAAUACGUCAAGCUCGGGUAUCACUACAUGAUCACCCAUGGCAUGUACCUCUUCCUCACCCCGCUCGUCUUCAUCGUCGCCGCCCAGCUCUCGACCUUCUCCCUCGCGGACCUCCGCGACCUCUGGGACCACCUCCGCUUCAACCUCGUUUCCGUCGUCGUCUGCUCUACCCUUCUCGUCUUCCUCUCUACCGUCUACUUCCUCACCCGCCCCCGCCCUGUCUACCUCCUCGACUUCGCUUGCUACAAACCCGACGACAGCCGGAAGUGCUCCCGGAGGCUCUUCCUGGAUCGAUCCACGCUCACGGGAUCGUUCACGGAAGAGAACCUCGAGUUCCAGCGUAAGAUCCUUGAGAGAUCCGGCCUCGGCGAGAACACCUACCUCCCCGAUGCCGUCCUCAGUGUUCCUCCCAAUCCCUGCAUGGCCGAAGCGAGGAAGGAGGCCAGGGAUGUCAUGUUCGGCGCCAUCGAUGAACUCCUUGCCAAGACCAACGUGAAACCCAAGGACAUUGGGAUCUUAGUUGUGAACUGUAGCUUGUUCAACCCUACUCCCUCCCUGUCCGCCAUGGUCGUCAACCAUUACAAGCUCAGGGGAAACAUCGUUAGCUACAAUUUGGGAGGAAUGGGCUGCAGCGCCGGGCUCAUCUCCAUCGAUCUCGCCAAGAACCUACUCCAAGUGCAUCCCAACUCCUACGCCCUCGUAAUCAGCAUGGAGAACAUCACCUUGAAUUGGUACUUCGGGAACGAUCGCUCCAAGCUCGUCUCCAAUUGCUUGUUCCGGAUGGGCGGCGCCGCCAUUCUUCUCUCCAACAAGAGGUCGGAGCGGAGGCGCUCCAAGUAUCAACUCGUCGACACGGUUCGCACUCACAAGGGUGCGGACGACAAGUGCUUCGGCUGCGUGACGCAGGAGGAGGACGCCAACGGAAACAUAGGCGUCUCUCUCUCCAAAGAUCUGAUGGGCGUCGCCGGCGAAGCCCUGAAAACCAACAUCACCACCUUGGGACCGCUGGUGCUGCCCAUGUCUGAGCAAUUGAUCUUCUUUGCUACGCUGGUGGCCAAGAAAGUGUUGAAGAUGAAGAUUAAGCCUUACAUCCCUGACUUCAAGCUGGCGUUUGAGCAUUUCUGCAUUCACGCCGGUGGCAGGGCUGUGCUGGACGAAUUGGAGAAGAACCUUCAGCUUUCGGAUUGGCACAUGGAGCCUUCGAGGAUGACACUGUACAGGUUCGGGAAUACCUCAAGCAGCUCGCUCUGGUACGAACUGGCCUACAUCGAAGGGAAAGGGAGGAUCAAGAAGGGAGACAGGAUUUGGCAAAUCGCAUUCGGCUCUGGUUUCAAAUGCAACAGCGCCGUGUGGAAAGCAUUGAAGAAAGUGAACCCUUGCAAGGAGAAGAACCCCUGGAUGGACGAAAUUUCAAAUUUUCCGGUUGCAGUUCCGAAGGUAACAGCUCUUUGAUUUGUUAUGCUGAUUGUAGAGGGAUAUUUUUAAUUGGUUUUGAGCUGAUGCUUUCCUGAUUAUGCUUUUGGCAUCCAGUUUGCCUGCUGAAAAUUUGUUCAUCUUAGAUCAUUGAUUUAAUUGAA